AGAAAUCCAAAAUGGCAUCCAUGAAAACAUCUCCAAGUCUGGUCAAUUUCUUUAUUUACAAUUCCACUUUUGGACCUAAGGAAGGAAUGGAAAAGGAAAAGAUAAUUCUCUACAUCCCGACUGGUGAAGAACUAGACAAGAAAAUAAAAAACAUUGGCCUUUGUGAAGCAUUGGUUAAGUUCACUGAGACAUUCUCACCAGAAAAACCCUGCAACUCUUUGCACACACAGAAAACAAGACAGGUCUUCUUUGAAGCAGAACCAGAAUUCUGGAUGAUCAUGACAGUGAGCAUUCCCUUCAGUGAGAAGAUGACUAAGGAUGGCAAGAUGUUUGUUGAAUAUCAUGAUGAAGAUGUUUUGGAUUCUGUGCUAGAUGGUGUUUUAAAACAGGCAUACAAAAUGUUUAAGCUUUUCAAUGGCACAUUCUCCUACAUUUUGAAGACCUACAACAUUGAAGCUCUAUGUAAGAGAUUGGAGCAUUUUUAUACCUCUUAUUUACAGACCCUCAACUUCUCUCAGUUUAACCUUUUGGAUGUCUUUUCUGGGAUCAAUUUUCUACCAUUAGAUAAAAACACCUUUUUAAGGAUACAAUCUUUUAUCAAUGUGAUUGAACAUACAUUCAGCCAAGUAAGAUAUACAUCCUUCCUUUAUUCUGAAAAACUGGUCUGGAGUGGUCUUGAGCAGGAAGACAUGCGUAUCCUUUACAAGUACUUGGUGACAAGUUUGUUUCCUUCCACAAUAGACUUAGAGAGUAUGGAAAAUCCAAGAUCUCAAGGAUAUGUUAUAGUUCAACCCAAGCCUCACCAUGGAAGGUUCAUAACAGGUCCCACUGAAUUGGAUGACGUUCCAAUACCAAGAACCCCACCAAAGAUAUUUGUUAACACAGAUUCUGAACAAGAAGAACUUAUAUUAGUGGUGUACAAGGCGCUUGAAGCAACAAUAUGCCUGAUGAUCUCUGGUUCAUACCCAACUCUAGACUUUUUUAGGAAGAUUGACAACUUUAUUGGCCCUCAACUUACCACACUGGCCAAUAUUAUUGGUGAGCAAAGUGCCAAGAAACAGCAAAGCUCAGACCAACAAUAUCGCUAUCUGUACUUCAACCACAUGAACUUGGCUCAGAAGUCAUCUGUUCACUCCAAAAAGUCAUCACUUCCAUGUGUUGCACCUGAGAUAAUGAGGCUUAUGGGUGACAUAAGUGCUGACUUUGCAAGUUUUCAGGAGGAUGGUGAAACAUUUGUGAAAACAAUGUCAGAUUGCUGGAUUGUGGGAAGAAAAUCUGACCAACGAGAAUUAUUCGUGAUCUUGAAUCAAAAGAGUGCAAACCUCAUAGAGAUUGAUGAGGAAGUUAAAAGAUUGGGCAUCACACAAUUUAACAACAUCUUCUUCCUGGACUAGCAUGAAGAAAAACAGUGGUACUGCAGGCAAAAAACAUAUAGUGGCUGUCUCAGGGUAAAAUGGUCACUCAAAAUAGAUUAUCUAGUAAACAAGAUGUGGGCUGACCUCCCUUUCUGGACAGGGAAAUGUCACUCUGUCAAUGAAACGGUAGAAUAGUUGGGAUCUUGGCAUGAAAUGGAACAAAAUUUUUUAUCAAAAUUGCAGGAAUGGGAAUGGAAGUCUAAUGGCUUUAAAAAAACAGCAAUUUCUAAUAGGAAGAAGGACAUAUCCAAAAAAGUAUGAAAUUAAUUUAGUGAAACAAAUUUAAGAAUAAAAGUUUUGAAAUAUGCUUUCCUCUAUUUUCUCUUUUCUGUGGUGUAGAUGUUAGUAAAUCAAAUGUAAAUGUAAGUGAAUUACAAUUAUUGGAAGAGGAAAUUUUUCGAAUAUUGUUAUUAUGUUGUAUUUAACAAUUGGCUCAUACAUUGGCAUGCAUUCAUUGAGAUAUGAAGCAAGCAGGAAGUUUGAAGAGCACAAAAGAU